UUGUGUUCAUUGUGGUUUCCUAAUUUUGACCACUCUGUUUAUCACGCCACAUUCCCCAUUCGGCAAAGAGGUCUUCAGUUCUCUCUCUCGCUCGUUUGGAGCUAAAACAAAUCACAGAGAGUAAAGAAAAGAAAAAGUGGGUGCAUUGGGCAGAACUCCGAAGAAGAAGAUGAAGCCAAGUUUGGGUCUCAUAUGUAUUGCGCUUUUGAUCUCACCUUUCAUAUUUGGAUCAGUAUUUUCAUCUUCCUCUCCUCUCAAACACCCACUUCUCGGAAUUGCUCCUGAAGAUGAGAAAUAUUACAAGGCAUCAUCGGAUUGGAUAAAAUGUAAAGAUGGAUCAAAGAAAUUCAGCAAAACCCAGCUCAAUGAUGACUUCUGUGACUGCCCUGAUGGCACUGACGAGCCUGGUACCUCGGCAUGCCCUUUGGGAAAAUUCUAUUGUCGGAAUUCAGGACAUACUCCUCGUUUCUUAUAUUCUUCUAGAGUGAAUGAUGCUAUAUGUGACUGCUGUGAUGGGAGUGAUGAGUAUGAUGGUAAGGUGAAGUGCCCAAAUACUUGCUGGGAGGCUGGCAAAGUGGCCAGAGACAAGUUGAAGAAAAAGAUUGCUACAUAUCAAGAAGGUGUCACUUUACGAAAGCAGGAUGUUGAACAAGCAAAACUAUCUCUGGCAAAAGAUGAGGCGGAACUGUUAAAGUUGAAAGACGAAGAAAAAAUACUGAAGGUGCUUGUUGAACAGCUUAAAGAGCGUAAGGAUGAAAUUGAAAAGGCAGAGGAGAAAGAACGAUUACGGAAAGAGAUAGAAGAGAAGGAAAGAAAAGAAGCUGAGGAGAAGGCUAACCAGGAAAAGAGCAAAACUGAGCAGGAAGCUAAUCAGGGGACAAGUGAAGCUGAGGAGAAAACUAACAAUGAAGAAAAACCCAUUGAAAGUAUGCAUGUUGAUGACAUAGGAACUGUGGACGAUUCUUCUGCAGAUCAGGAUGUUGCAACCGACAAUGAUGAGUCAGAAGCUGAAGUUGAGUACAGUGAUGACUCUGGGAACGAAGGAUCUCAUGUUGAUGGAGUAGAACAGCAUGCAGCAGAAGCGAAGGAAGAGUCUGCAGUUAUCCCUGAAACUGUUCAUGAUUCUGAAAGCAAGGGGAAUGAUGCAUCUGAAAAUACUGAGGGGUUAUCGAAAGAAGAGUUGGGUCGCCUUGUUGCUUCUCGCUGGACAGGAGAGAAUACUGAGAAACAAACUGAAGAAGUUGAUGCUGUAAAAGAUAAAGAUCAUGGAGGCCAUGAGGAGAUACCCGAGGCCACACAUGAUGAGGAAGAUGAUGGCUAUGCUUCGGAAACAGAUGAUGACAACCAAAGAUAUGAGGAUGAAGAUAUAGAAGAUGAGGUAGAUGAAGAUUUUAGAGAGGAGGAUCAUUAUGAUUCUGGUUCAUACAAAUCUGACUUAGACACUGAGCCAGACUUGUCAGAUAUAACAACCCCAAGUAACCCAUCUUGGUUGGAGAAGAUACAAAAAACUGUACACAACAUUCUACGUGCUGUUAAUUUAUUCCAGACUUCAGUAAACCAGACAGAGGCUGCUAGUGUACGCAAAGAAUAUGAUGAUUCCAGUGCCAAGUUAUCUAAACUUCAGUCAAGAAUAUCAAGUUUGUCGCAGAAGCUUAAACAUGAUUUUGGGCCAGAGAAGGAGUUUUAUUCAUUCUAUGAUCGUUGCUUUGAGAGCAAGCAGAACAAGUAUGUUUACAAAGUCUGCCCAUACAAACAAGCUUCCCAGGAGGAGAGUCAUACUACAACUCGUUUGGGGCGCUGGGACAAAUUUGAGGAUUCAUACCGAGUCAUGGUGUUUUCAAAUGGUGACAAAUGCUGGAAUGGGCCUGAUAGAAGUUUGAAGGUCAGGCUAAGAUGUGGACUGAAAAAUGAGGUUGCUGAUGUAGAUGAACCAAGUCGUUGCGAAUAUGUGGCAUUGUUAUCUACCCCAGCUCUUUGCCUAGAAGAAAAGCUUAAGGAACUGCAACAUAAACUAGAGUUGAUGAAUAAAGAACAACCACAAAGCCACGAUGAACUUUGAACUUUCUGGAUGGAUUCGCCCUCGAAUGGAUUAGAGUAAGCUGACUGGUUAAAGUAAUCAUUUGAUCAUGGGAAACUAAUCUAUUCAAUGUCCAAGGUUAAGAGAUGUAUAAUGCGGCUUUUGGGCAGGUAGUUUGCAAGAUAUUAAAUGCAACGUUUGAAGUGGACUCCUGAAAUUUUUCUGUUCUGGAGCACACUUGAUGUGGCAGCUGUUUUUUGUGGGGGAGAUGGAUUGAGGUUGAGCCUUGGGACUUGGGAGACCUCAUUUCAAGUUGGGCUUAGCUAGACUUGUCUUGAUAUUCAUCCUGAGUUAUAUUCUUGAAUUGAGGUUAAUUUAAGUAAUAGUACUAAGUAAUACUAAAAGUCAAGUAUGAUUGUUGCACAAAAUGAUACAUCUAGUGCACAAAACUUCACCAGCAAGCAGUCUUAUCCUUAAUUUUUUUGGAGUGGUUGAUUCGGAGACAUGAUAGUUAGUAUUAUUAGUGAUGAUAAUCAGUGGAAAGCACUUCCCUUAGUUGAA